CGAGUCAAAGCUGUGCUGGAAAAUUUUCUUCCCUAAACGAGACAACGGAAAGCAGUUAAUUAUGUUUUUUUCCUUUAAUAUUUACUCCAUUCGUGUACAUUGGACCAAUAACCGCCCCCCCUGGUUUCGUCGGGAGCUUGUCAGGCUUACUUGGUCGGAUUUCCCAGCGGACCGACGCCGUUGCCUAGAGACCCCCAAACAGCCACACAGGGCAUGGCGUCAUCCACCGCGCAAUGGCCGACGGACACUGUAGUCAUUUCACACGCGGCCCCUGUCCACGGAGGAAGGUACGCGCGGCUGAUGUACUACAACCCCCAUAGUGCCUUGUGAGGAGCAAGGGAGAACAUUCUUCGUAAAUGGAACAAAAAAAACCUGUUUGGACUGUUGAAGUAAGCGCAGUGUUUUUAUCUUCUGAUUGAAUCGGAUUCGAUCAGUCGUUACUAUCAGGCCCAUUCCCCUUCGGAGUUAACGAUGAAUAGCCAUUUCAAAACGUGAUUUAUUUGACCGGUUUAUAAUUAAACAACAUUUGCCAUUCUGCAUCCUCAAGUUCAGACAGGAUAAAAGAUCGAUCAAAGAUUCUAUUCUUUGGAUGAACACAUACUCUUGUUCCAGUGAAGCAAAGGAAAGCAGGGAAUUUCUUCAACACCUUCAAGAAGAAAGGAAGGCCUAAGUUUAUAAGGUUCUUUCUGUUCGAACAUGUCAAGUUACUCACAACUCAUAUCAGAUGUUGUCCACUUGCUGGGACAAUUUGAUCCUCAAAAUCAGAGCGCUGAUCACUUCGUAAGCGAAGCUGCUAAACAUUAUCAGGCACAAGGUGAAGCUGAACAUACAUUCAUGGUGGAAGUCCUGUCGGGCUGUUUACAGUACAGGCCACUGCUCAAUGUGGUUGUAACUGAAUUUUAUAUGCGAGAUGGAAGGAACUUUCUGCGAUCGGAAAAUAACCUCUAUGUCGUUAUAUGCUAUCUUGCUACUUUUCGACUGAAAGAACUGGGUCUGAAACACUUCACCAAGAUUAUCAACUCUCAGUCUGUGAACAAAAUGUACCAAUUUCUUAGGUUCUUCUUUGAUAGCAUGAACCUCACCACAUGGAUAAAGGAUGAAUGGUGCCAAAUAUAUGAUGUAGCCUAUGUAAACCAGAUGCUGAUUGAUCCUCUGCUGAGAUGGCAACCGAAAAUCAACAACCUCAUUGAUCACUUAGCCAACAAACUGGCAAAUCGGAUUUCCAAAAAUUACACGAGUCAGCCUGUGACAGUACCAAGAGAAUUUAACAUCACCAAGCCUAAACCACAAUCCAUCCCAAUGCCUGAGGAAAUUCCACUACUCCAAGCACAGAGAAAGAUUCCCAGAAGUACCUAUGAACCUCCAAAAGAGCAGCAACUGCUGGAAGAACUUAAAAAGAAAAAUCGUCACAGGGCAGAGGAGCACCUCAUGGAAGCCAAUGUUGAUGCGUUCCGGUGUGCCAUGACACAAGAAUCUGAACAUAAAAGGCGAGUUUUGUCUGAAAUUAAGAAAGAGGAGGAGGCCAAGAUGAAAUAUACAAUUCCAAAACCACGACCCACCCCUGCACAGAUGAUGGAAACUCUUCCAAUAAAAUUGAACACAGCAGCCAUCCUGAGAGAGAAUGUUCUCUAUGAACGGCGAGUGAAGAAAGAAAUGGAAAGAAUUGAUAAUCUAAUUGAAGGAGGUUAUGAUCCUUCCAAAUUUGAAGAAAUGCUGAAGAAAAAGGACAGUGAGCUAAUGGAACAACAGCUGACAGAUGCACAGCGUCGUUGUCUUGAAGGAAAGAUUCUCUUGGAAGAUGCAAUCUUGGCACGGGAAGCGAGAAUUGAAGAGAACAAGAGAAAAGCAGCUCAGCAGAAAGAGGAGGUUGCAAAAAUGAUGCAGGAAUAUACAGAGAAACGACUUCAGGAAAAGAAGGAGGCAAAAGAACUGGUGGAGCGGGUGUCAAAAGGGCGUCACAACACAAAGCAGCAAAAAUUGAAAAUACAGGAAGACAAACAGAAGAUGGCUAAGGAGUUGAAUAAGGAAACAGAAGAACUGCUUCAACAAGCCUUGGAGAAGACCAAUGAAGAAAUUAGGAAAAAAUCAGAACUGAUCCGAGAAAUCCGAGCAAUGCAAAUGAUGCCAACGUUUAAACACAAACUUCUGGAUUUAGCCAAACCAGCUGGUCAUAACCUUUUGAAUGAGAUGUCAAUAGUAGAGUUACGAGAACGCUUGGGACUGCUAAAGGAGGCACAGAUUAAGGCAGAAGAAGUUAAACGAGAUCGGAUCCUGAACGAGAAACAAGCAAAAGAGCAGCUUCUUUUGGAUAAAUUACGGCAGAUCUCACUGCACAGAGAAGCUUUGAGCAAGAAGGCAAAGAUCAGGCACAGAGAGGAAGAAUUGAGAAAGCUUAAGUCAUCCAAACUGGUGGCAAACAAUCAGCAGUUGGCGGAGCUUCAAAAGAAACUUGAAGAAAAGAGAAGGGAACAUCAUAAACUGAUCAAAAUACAAAAGCUGAACACUCAAAAAAACCUAGAAAGGUCUCUGAGAAGUUCAUUUGCAGAUAGGGUAAUACACUUUGAACACCUUUUUGAUAAUAAAUGGAAAGUGCUUUCUUUCAGAAACUUACAACAGUUAUUUUCAAAACCAACAGGACCAUUAUUGAUUACUUUAACUAAACAAAAGUUAAAGGUAAUGGUAUUGGGGCAAAGUAUAUAAAUGAAAUAUUAAGUCCAACCCAGAAAAUAAUCAAAAUAAGUCUGGUUUUAAUAACAAUCUAGCAUGAAGUCAGUUUGGCUCUGAUGGAAGGAAUUAAAAUAGAUUUAAGAUUCAGCAUUAGUUAACUUUUGUACAAAACUAAAAUGUUUUCGUUCAAUAUCAUACAACUGAUAUCCAAAGGGAUCCACUAAGAGCCUUUACUUCACUUUAAGGCAGUUCAUUCCAGAUCACAAGUAUCUCGAUACAAAAAGAUUCUCAUGUCAUCUAGAGUUCUCUUGCCAGUCAACUCAAAUCUCUGUCCUUUGGUUAAAAACUCAUCUGUUAUUGGAAGCAUAUUCCCCUUAUUGACUUUGAUCAAAAUAAUGAAGUUUCUGAACCCAUCAAAUCCAAUCUCAUCUUAAUGCCUUCCAUUUUGUGAGAAGAACAGCCCCACCUUCUCCAGUCUUGUCCACAUUAUUGUUGUCCUUCAACUCUGGAGCUUCAUGGUAAAUCCUUUCUGCAUCCCCUGCAAGGCCUUGACAUCUUGUCUGAAGUGUAGUGCCCAGAACUGAACACAGUUCUCUUGCUGCCGGAGGCCUAUUCAUUGUUUUAUAAACUGCAACUUGCUUGCUUUUGAUCUCCAUUCUGCUGUUAAUAAAGCCAAAGAUUCCAUUUGCAUUUCAACUCUCACCUUGCUGCCACCUUGAAAGAUUGACAUAAAAUAACGUAACAUUUCCAAGAUCUGCCUGCAAUUCUCUCGUGAACUUGUUCCACCUGAAUGUUUGCCAGCUGCAUGAGUCAGCACACAGAUCCCUGCUCUUCUGGCUUCAAUUUAUAACUUGCUUCCCACUGAGUCAUUCUUCAAGCUUCAGUCACACUGAAUAACAUUCAGUUUUGUUACUUACUCCUCUUCCUUAAGAAGUCGCCCUAAAAUAUGUCUAUGUGACUGUGCUUUGGUUGUCUAAAUAUCAUUGUUGUCAUCUACUGUUUUUGUUAGUUGACCUUAUCAGACCUUCUGAUUUGAGGUGCUUUCUCCCCCUGCUGUUUUCUCCCCUGCAUUCUGGCACCAUUGUCUCAUGAAUCCACAAAGAGUCAAAACAAACAGCUUCUAAUUGCCAAACCAGAGAUACAAAUGCCACUAAAAUGAAAGGAAGACACUGUGUACGCUGGAAACCUGAAAGAAAAAUAAAAGCGCUAGAAGGUCACUCACAGUAGUCCAGGUAGGAGACAACCGCUUGAACACCCUGACACUGCUGUGGUAGGUGUUCAUAACUGGCUGUUGUUGACAUUUUGAGUUAUCUGUGGUUUGUGUUUUUCUUCUGGCAACGCUCAUCUUUUCCAGGCUGGAAGCAAAGAGGAUCAUUUAAUCUUUCCAGCAGCACCAUCUAGUGUUUUGACUUUUGUACUGUUUUUUAGCGUCUGUAAAAUAUGCAGGAAUUAACACUAUUACUUCAUGUAUUUUGCAAACACGUACAUUUUAGUUAUCUUCCUUUCACCCUCGUUCUCACUGAUCACAAUGAAUUCCAAUCCAGGAUUAACACUUCUCCUAAUCUUGAUAAAGAAUGCAACAAAAAUAUGUCAAUCCCUUGGGGAUAGAACUCACAUUUUAUUAGUCUAAUGGAAUGUUUGUAUACAAU